AUGAAUCAGACGCAGGCUUUAAUAACGGAUACCAAUAAGACUCCUCUAGUGCAGAUUUUUGUAUGGCUUCCGCUUGCUACCUCUUUUAUGGGGGCGGAAUACUCGGCGAGUUUGCUUUAUAUUACCAGCUUGUAUUUUGCAAAAAUGUCUAUAGUCCUAUUCAUCGAUGAUUUUACACCUAUCCCAGCUGAAAGAAUGGCGACGAAGAUUCUGGGGCUUGUGAUAUCUCUUGUUGUUGCCGCAGUAUCUUGUCAGCUCUAUUAUUCGAACGAGGAGAUGCAUGAUCCGACGUUCGAUCCGUGGACCACGACUAUCUGUAACCAGAUUGUUCAGUGCCUCAGUAUAGUCACAGCGUGCGUUCCGUAUCUGAAACCUUUCCUCGAUAGUCUGGAGUCGGGUAUGCUACGGACAGACGACUUGCGUCGACGAGGUGGCACAACUGUGGAAGGAUAUCGCGACGUCAAUGUUAAUUCAUCUGAAGGGAGCAAACGAGCAAAGAUUGGAAAGAUAAUCAGUCAGAAAUUGAGCCUGACAAGUCAAGACGACGAGGACGAUCAGGAAUUAGCGGAUUUUGUGCCGGCUCAUCCAGCUGGUCAAUCGGAUGCAGUAAUCGCGGUUGAUGAAGGAUUUUUGUGGGAUGGACAAAGCCAAACGAGUCAAUCUAGAAUUAUAAAAAAGACACGAACUUGGAAGGUCGAUGUAAAUUAG